GGGCGGGACCACACGGCCCCCAGCUAGCGGCGGGCCUAGGCCGGCGCUCGGGAGAGGAGGAGGAGGAAGCCCAGCGGGAGGGGCGGUCCACUUCCUGACUCGCCUGCAAACCGGAGGCCCCAGCUCAGUCCGCGCCGCGCCGCGAUGUCCGCAGGGUCAGCCAGGAGCCUGGCGAAGGGAAGCGCGCCCCCGGGGCCGGUCCCCGAGGGCCUCAUCCGCGUCUACAGCAUGAGGUUUUGCCCGUUCGCCCAGAGGACACUCUUGGUCCUGAAGGCCAAGGGGAUCAGGCAUGAAAUCAUCAACAUCAACCUGAAAAAUAAGCCUGAGUGGUUCUUUAAGAAGAAUCCCUUUGGCCUAGUGCCAGUUCUGGAAAACAGUCAGGGUCAAUUGAUCUAUGAAUCUCCUAUCACUUGUGAGUAUCUGGAUGAAGCAUAUCCAGGGAAGAAGCUGUUGCCGGAUGAUCCCUAUGAGAAAGCUUGCCAAAAAAUGGUGUUUGAGUUAUUUUCCAAGGUUCCAUCUUUGGUAACAGGCUUUCUGAGAAGACAAAAUAAGGAAGAUGGCUCUGACCUAAAAGAAGAAUUACGGAAGGAAUUCAGCAAGCUGGAGGAGGUUCUGACCAAUAAGAAGACAACUUUCUUUGGUGGUAAUUCUCUUUCUAUGAUUGAUUACCUCAUCUGGCCCUGGUUUGAACGGCUGGAAGCUCUGGAGUUAAAUGAUUGUGUAGACCACACUCCAAAACUUAAGCUCUGGAUGGCAGCCAUGAGGGAGGAUCCUGCCGUAUCAGCCCUCCUCAAUGAGGCCAACACCCUUCGAGGAUUCCUCAAUCUCUACUUGCAGAACAGCCCCGAGGCCUGUGACUAUGGGCUCUGAUGGGGGCAAGAGUCAGCAAUGAAAUGUCUGAUAUUUUCUUUCACUAAUAUGAGUAAAAAUGAGCUUUCAUUUUA